GUUUAUGUUUGAUUUGCCCAAACGGUUGUUCGGUCACGUUUUUGUGUUGCUUUAUGCAACAUCUUUCGCAAAAACAGAAAAAAAGACCUUAGUCUAUCCAAGUUGCAAUAUAUACCCUGCAAUAGUUAAUAAUAUUAAUAAUGGAGAACCGACUCAAUCGCUACGAAAAGAUUGAUUUUCUUGGUGAAGGUCAGUUUGCCACCGUCUACAAAGCGCGCGAUAUCGAAACGAAUGAAAUUGUCGCUGUAAAGAAGAUUAAAAUUGGAAACCGAGAAGAAGCGGCUGACGGGAUUAAUCGAACCGCACUGCGGGAAAUUAAACUGCUUCACGAACUCCGUCACGAGAACAUCAUCGGUCUGUUGGAUGUUUUUGGCCACAAAAGUAAUGUCUCGCUGGUGUUCGACUUUAUGGACACAGAUUUGGAGAUUAUCAUAAAGGAUCCGAAGAUUGUGCUGACCGCGGCGAACGUGAAAAGUUAUAUGAUCCAAACACUGAGAGGACUGGAAUAUCUGCACAUGUUUUGGAUACUUCAUAGAGAUUUGAAGCCCAAUAACUUGUUGAUUAGUGGGAGCGGUAUUCUGAAGAUUGGUGAUUUUGGGUUGGCGAAGUUCUUUGGUUCCCCUAAUCGAGUGAAUACUAAUCAAGUCGUUACCCGCUGGUAUCGAUGUCCGGAGCUUCUUUUCGGUGCUAGGCAGUACGGUAUAGGUGUAGAUAUUUGGGCCGUAGGUUGCAUCUUGGCGGAAUUGCUACUGCGAGUUCCCUUUCUGCCAGGAGAGAGCGAUCUUGAUCAAUUGACCCGCAUAUUCCAAGUUCUGGGAACGCCUACGGAUGAGAAUUGGCCAGAUGUCAAAACCCUUCCCGAUUACGUGCAGUAUAAACAUUUCCCUCCUAUCCCACUGCGAGACAUAUUCACCGCGGCGUCGGAUGAUUUAAUCGAACUGGCAAAUAAACUAUUGGCUCUGUAUCCCGCACACCGGUGCACCUGCACGGAAGCCCUCAAGAUGCCGUACUUCUCUAACAAGCCCGCCCCCACGGUGGGAGACAAGCUACCGAUGCCGGCCAGUUAUCAUGCGGGUAGUAAAGAAAAGGAAGAAAAGCAGCCCACACUGAAGCGUAAAUUGCCAGACAACGUGGACGGAGGGACGCUUCCGAAGCGGUUGCAGUUUUGAGCCAACGAAGUAUUCGUCUUCUCGUUAGGUUAUGUCUUUUGUACUAAUUGUCAAAUAGAUUAUUGGAUCGAAACGACUUUUUCGUGAGUAAUUACACAAUAAGACACACAUCUUUGCUAUCGAACUCCUGAAUAAGCAAACAGUGUACAAUGCUGUAGGAAACGUAGUUUUUGAAUAAUGCAAUUCGAUGUUCUAUGUUUCAUUGAAAUCGUGAAAAUGAAUAAUUUUGAUCUGCUCGAUAGUUCAAUAUCCCUUGUUUUAACCCAACGUAAAUAACAUAACAGGUAUAAAACAUCGUUUGUGUUAAAGAAGAAAAGAAGUUAACUUUUAAAAAUUCUUGGUUUAUUCGACGUCGUGAUGUUUUUCUUAAUAUAGUACAGUCAAUCGCAAACUUAGGUGUACACCCGUGUUGGUUUAUUUUUGAGUUUUUCGGGGAUAAAAAGUAAAUAAUUAAAAGCGACUCAUAUUCAUCGUAAAAUUGAUCCUUUUCACUCUCAUGUAGUGAUAAGAAAAACGAUGUAAUGUUUAAAAAACAAACAAAAAAUCUUCAAUUCAGACGUUGCAAAAUUGAGUGUACAGUUCAAAAUUUUCUUGGAAAAAAAAUGAAAUCAGUUCAGAAAUGCUAACAGAUCAAUCUCCUAGUAUUUGGUAUUUGGCGUCCAGCACUGUAUGCAAGCGCCGAGGCGAGAUUUUUGGUCACUGAAAACGGAAUGCUCUCCCAGAUCUCCUUAAUCGUCGUUCCGAGUUCUGCUUCGCUCCCGGGAUUUUUAUUCUUCAAACAAUUCUUGAUUCCCUACCAUAGAUACUCAAUGGUGUUCAAAUCCGGUGAUUGCGGAGGUGUUUUAAGUUGAUUGGGACAUUAUAGAGCAGGUACUCCCGCACGAUGAGAUCAGUUUGCUUUGGGUCGUUAUCCUGUUGAAAGUAGUUACCAUGAAAGAGACCCAAUUUCUGCACGGGACACUGAAGGUUACGUAUCAGGAUGUUCAAUGAAGCCAUCUUGUCCAUCGCCGAAUCGAUAACCUCCAUGGUUCCAGUUCCAGAAGCCGUCAUGUUACCUUACAUCAACUGACCACCGCCGCCGUGUUUUACUGUUAACAUAUGCCUUAGCAAACUGUAGUCGUUUUUUCAUAUUCUCAGACUGUUGCUGUAUGCUACUCUCCGGACAGUGUCUGUGCUGUUCUUCCAUGUAUCCGCGUUAAAAACAUUGAGCUUCAUAUUACGGAAUAGGGGAGCAGGCAGGACAAUAUGGGUUUGCAGAAGAAAUAAACAAAUAAACCUUCAAAAUAAAAAUUAUGAAUGAAAAUUAUUUUUCCCAAAUCAAAUUAGUACUCUAUGUAAAUGAAAACCACUUUUGCUUGCAAGAAGUGAAAAAAUAUCAUACAAAAAUUGUGUCUCAAGAUAAUUUUAUAUUAUGAUGGUAAGUUGGUGAGAAUAUCUGAAAAUUCAUAGAAAAUAGUUGAUAUUAGGGGUAGAACAAUGUACUUCUAGUAGGUAAAUAACGCCAAGGAAAAAUUUUCAUACAAAGUUUAGCAAUUUAAAACUGCAUUAGGGCCAACUAAUCUGAUAGGGAAUUGUUGGCCUCAUACAAACUAAUGUCGUAUCCAGAUGUCGACAUCAUUCCGCCGUCAACGCGAAUAGCUGCUGUUUCCUGCAAUGUCCUUCCACGACAAUUCAUACUUAUUAUCAUUUUGUGCGUAACAAUACAUAUUUCUACGCAACAAUAUCUAUUUCUUUCCUCUAACUUGCCAUUUUGAUAAAACUUUUUCAAACAUCAAUAAAAAACAAAAACCAACAACAAGAGCCAAAGGUUGUACCGCUCAUGACAACUCUACACGAGCUGAAGAUUGUACCGCUCAAUGACCAUUCUACCCUGGAUUCCUCGAGUCAAGAGAGAUGCACCACGAUUGAUAUGAGAUACAAACUAGGGGGACGUCGCUGAUUAAUGGUCAGUUGCACCCCAAUAGGAAGUAUCCCGUGUCGGUCACACAUACAGAGCACUGGAGACUGCAACAUCCUAAUUAUGAGAAUCUUUGUAAUACUAACCUCGAGCCAACCGCGAGUAAUCGGUUACAUAUUACUAACAUAAUCGUAAGACAAAAAUUGUCAAAAUAUUGAACUCCCGGCCCCGUUAGGCUAACGCCAUAUGUGCCUUAAUAAAAUAUAUAUUUUGGAAAAAAACCAACACUGCCAAAGCAGUGGUUACGUGUCGACACCAAUCAUUGACGAAAAACAGUACGCUAAUUCGCAAAGAUCUUAUUUACAUGGCUAAUUUGUACGGAGAUUUAAGGAUUUGAGAUUGUUUCCAAUUUUUAGGAAUAAACAAUAAGCAGAAAACUAUGUAAUUUGUAUACAAUGCUAUACCAGUGAAUUAAUCUCUACUUUUUAAUUCCCUCAACAUUACCUGGAUAGUUCUUUGUAUCGCUCCUCAGUUUCUUCCGGAUUCUAUUUAAGUUGUCUUUGGCUAGUUUCUGUGCGUUAAAAAAAAGUACGCUAGAUUUGUUCCUGGUUCCGAGUAUACAUCCAACAUCUCAAAACUAUUCAGAAAUUUCGUUAUAAAUUUACAAAAUAGUCUUCAGUGAAUUGCUACACACUCGUUUGCGCGAAGCUUCCGUUCUAUCAGCAUCCCAAGAUCAGAAACAGUGCCACAAAUUAUUAAAAUUUAUUCACGAAUGAAGAAAUUAGAUUUUUCCCAGUAUCGGAUGAAUUCUCUUCUGUUGAAACUCAACACCAUAUCUGUCAUAAUGAGUAUAACACAAGAGUCGAGACGCAUGAGAUUUGUCUGGUAUAUUGAUCGAAAACAGCAUGAACGAAUUUCGAAAAGCCUGCAUUCAGGCACUUCCAUUACUGUCAAUAAUUUCAGGUGAUUAUCACGAACGUUAAGUUGAUCUUCAUCGCUUGCAGUGAUUUUUUAUUGAAAACGUGUCACCCAUUGCGCAUAUAAAUGGUGGUGUAUGUCAUUUCCGGGCAAUCGUGAGUAGAUUCAUAAAACGUAGCAAGAGUUAUUCUAUACAUUCUAUUGCCGAACUCGCCAAAAACAAGAAUUUUGUGUGAUGGAUUGCCAUCCUUUACCAUUAAUCGAUUUUACUGGUGACGUUGAAUUUUAUGCUUUGAUUUUCACUAAUAGCGAAUUCGUUUUUGUUCAGUUUCAACCC